GUCUGCUGCCACCCAUCCCUGCCGGCCAGUGCCUUGGGGCCAUGGGCGUUUGGGGCCGCACCGUCUUGCUUGGAGCCGCCGCCGCCUACGCUGUCUGGUAUCUGUUCCUCAAAUCUGACGAUGAAGGGGAGGUGGAUCAAGCCAAGGAGAGCGGUGCGACGACCGGUGUGAUGAGGGUCGAUGCGACGGAUGCUUCGGGGAACUCUUUGAGGAGUGAAGCACGAGCAACUUACUGCCAGUUCGACUACUACAGCUUUGAAGCCAACCACUGCGUAUCACAGAUUCACAGCGACUGUGAUGUACAAUCGACAGGUUUAUACCAAUCGCCUGAUAAUCUCUACCCACCCAUCCCGGAGCAAUUCGGGCGACGGCUGUCCAAAUCUCUCCCUCCGAGGCGCUCACCAGUAUCGAGGGCGCAUUCGCAAAAUAUAGGCGUUCCACCCCAGAAGUCAACCCCGCUUGGAUAUCCAUCUCCGACCUCGCACUGUUGUCUUCCUCCGAUCGGCGGAUCGGAUGCAGAUACCGGUUUCGGACACGAGGUGUUCGAACAUGAGCCCUCAAACCCAGCGGACGCCUGGGCGCGUAUCCCAGACGAAGCGGCCACGUAUCGAGAGUCCGCCAGGAUUGCGCGUGAGAUGGCGGCUUCGCUGCCCAAGCAUAGCACCCGUGCGAAUGAGCUCCGAAAACUCAGGAAGAAGCAUAACGUCAAAGCGUGCCAGAUCAUCUUUGACCAUAACAACAGGGUAGAUUUUGGCAGCUGAUCCGUGCGGAACUUGUGCUGAAGUCGACAUGAGAACCUACCACCCGGCACGAUUGAUCUGCAUAAUCUGUACAUUGAUGAAGCGCUUGAGAAAGUCGACUUGUCGAUACGUCAGGCGAAGGGCAAGAGGAGACAGAUCUCGUUCAUAACCGGCAAAGGCCGACAUUCAGCAGAUCAGCGCUCCACACUCAAGCCUCGAGUUACCAGCCAUAUCAAACGGCAGUGGACAUAUUCUGUGCAGGAGGACCCGUGCAACGCAGGCAGGGUGAUUGUAAGUCUGGUCUGAAUGGCUGUGACUGACUAUGUAUGAACCCAUGUAUUACUCGUCGCCAUCUCGCAUCUUC